AUGCAAACGCACGAAAUAGUAUCAUGGAUCAGAAAAUCUCUGCAAGCAGAUGAUUACAUCGAUUUCAGAGUGGAACUUGAAGGUAAAAAUUCGGCAACUGAGGGAUACACUUCAGACAUGGUUUACGCUAAAAUCACUCUAGCAGGGGCCGACAGAAAACACAAACAAUUGAACCUGGCUAUCAAAUUUGGAAAAAAAACUCUAAGACAACUCCCGAUGAUCAAAGAGGUUUAUAUGAAAGAGAUUUAUUUUUACGAUAAGGUAAUGAAAGUGUUGGAGGAUUUUCAAAAUGAAAAAGGCAUUGCUGAAAAGUUUUUUGGUGUACCUUAUUGUUAUAAAACUUAUGUUGAUGAUAAAAUAGAGAUAAUAAUUUUGGAAAAUUUAUCAAAACGUGGAUACGAAUUGCACAGACGUGAUUUAACAAUGAACCUGCAACAUUAUAAAAUUGUUUUCAAAAACUUAGCCAAAUUUCACGCUCUAUCAUUGGCUCUAAGGAAUAAAAAUGAAGAACUCUUUAAUGAAAUAGCCAAACAUUUUCCAAUAAAUGAUAAUAUUUUGACAUCAUGUAAAGAGUUGUUUGACAAAAAAAUUGCUUUUGCCAUCGAAAAUUUGCGUGAAUCCCAUAGAGAUGACUUGGCGGAUAAGUUAGAAAAGCUGUUGGCACCGGGGAUUACAAAUAAAAUCAGAGAAACUGUACAUGCUAGUGUUGAUCCAGUUGUUAUUGCUCAUUUUGAUGGACAUUGUAAUAAUUUCAUGUUUAAGUAUGAGAAAGCUGACAAAGAAACCCCAAUUGAAGUAGCCAUAUUGGAUUGGCAAGCAGUUAAGAUACACUCACCAGCUAUCGAUCUAAGCUACUUUUUCUACUCAGUAGGCUCAAAAAAAGAACUAUCCGAACAAAAAUAUUUACUAAAAUUCUACCACGACCAAUGUUCGAGUUUUCUAACAAAAUUAGGCUGUAACGCUGACGAUGUAUUUCCUUUUUCGACUCUAAUGGACCAUUGGAAGAAGUACUCGUUCUAUGGUUUCAUUUAUGCUUGUUGUUAUAUGGAUUUUAAUUAUUUUGACGAUGACGAUGCUCCAAAUCUAGAUGACUUAGCUGAUGGAAAUAAUAUCGCAGACGUUUUAUCGAAAACAAUUUCGAUAAAAAAUCUAGAUUUGUACAGGAAAAGAUUGAUUGCCAUUGUUGAACAUUAUUUUGACGAUAGAUUUGAAUAA